UCACCACGACCGUUUACGAGUUUUCCAAAUCACCGCCCAGCGUUCCCUUCGCCUCGUUAAAUUUUAAAAUUUCUCUCUCUGUCUCUCAAAAAUAUUUUGUUCUCAAAGGCUGUCCCUCGGUCUGCCCUCUCCUCUCCCAUGCUUUCCUGAUGAGGGAACGCCGAAGGGAAGGGUUGCGUGGUCUCUUCUCUCGCCUCAUCAGGACCGUCUGAUGAGGCUCCCUAUCGUCACCGCCGCGGCGACGAUAGCUGCAGUUCUGCUCGCUCUUUUCUUCACCCCCGCGGAUGGGCUGGGCUCUGCCGCUACCCUCGCCAUCAGCUCCGGCACCGUCUGCGGCGUCCUCGCCGAUGCCGCACCGCGGAGCAUCCAGUGCGCCCGCGGAACUCGGCAGGUCUUCUCGAUACCGCCGAACGCCUCGUUCGAUUCCGUCUCCGGCGGCCGGGACUUCCUCUGCGGGCUUCGGUCCGGCGGCGACGCCUUCUUCUGCUGGGACGCCAGCAACGCCUCCUCCACCGACCUUACGCCGAAGCGCGUCUACAAAGGGCCCCCCUCGUUGACGAACCUCACCGUCGGUGAGGACCAGGUCGCCGCCAUGAAUGGCACGGCGAUCCAGUGGUGGCGAGGUGACGGCAGCUUCCCCUCCGCCGUCCCCGGGUCCUACCACUCGCUGACCUCGGGGCGCGGCUUCUCCUGCGCCAUUGACGCCAACAACACCGUCCAAUGUUGGGGAAGGCGCCGCGGGCCGAUCCAAAGUUUCUUUUCGAACAUGUCCAUGGCGAGCAUCGUCGCAGGGGACUCACACGUCUGCGGUCUAAACACCACAGGCUUCUUACUCUGCGGGGGAAAUAACAGUUAUGGGCAAUUGGACGCGCCCUCCGGCCCGGCAUUCGAGUUCUCCAUCCUCGCGUUGGGGGCGACCCAGUCGUGCGCGGUUCGGCAAAGCAACGGCAUGGUAGUCUGCUGGGGUGGCGACGGCGGUGGGAGGGGGAGCUACUCCCCGGUAAACAACACCGCGUUCGAGUUCAUUGUGGCCGGGGACAAUCUCACGUGCGGCCUUACCACGUUGAACUUUUCGGUGGUGUGCUGGGGGACGAACCGGAGUAAUCCGGCGGUGACCAUGCUUCCGCUGCCGAGAAUUCUUCCGGGUAUUUGUACUUCUAAUCAGAGUUCCUGCAAAUGUGACAUCUUUCCGGAUUCGGCGAGUCUCUGCUCUGGUUCUGGAGUUAUUUGCAAGGCCUGCCCAUUUCCGUCGCCGCCGCCGCCGCCACCGCCACCGCCCCCACCCCCGCCCCCGCCACCGCAGCCGCCGUCACCUUCGCCAUCGAAAAAGACUAGCAAGCGAUGGCUGGCUUUCGUGAUCGUGGGAUCAGUCGGCAGCUUCGCCGGACUUUGUACAAUAGUCUAUUGGCUAUGGACAUGGGUGUCCCGGAACAAGAAAGUCCACAACUCAGUACAGCCCACCAUCACGACCGCCGGAAAUGGAGGAGCCACUUCGGGUGCCGGAAAUGGAGGGGGCCCUUUCAUCUCCCCUUCGGGGUCCAGAUCCCGAAUAUUCCGUCGGCAGGGUUCGCGGGUCAUGAGGCGGCAGAGGAGCGGUCCGUCAUCGUUCAAGGAUAGGGCGGAGCAGUUCACCUUCGCCGAGCUCGCCGCCGCUACUAAAAGUUUCUCCUUGGAAACCAAAAUCGGCGCCGGGAGCUUCGGGACUGUGUACAAAGGCAAGCUUUCCGACGGGCGCGAGGUGGCGAUCAAAAGAGGCGAGUCCGGUCAGAGAACCAAGAAGUUCCAAGAGAAAGAGAGCGCCUUUCAGUCGGAACUGGCCUUCCUCUCGCGACUCCAUCACAAACACCUGGUGGGCCUUGUGGGAUACUGCGAGGAGGAGGAGGAGAGGCUCCUGGUCUACGAGUACAUGAAGAACGGGGCUCUCUACGACCACCUCCACUCCAAGGAGAGCACCUCCACCGUCCUCAACUCCUGGAAGAUGAGGAUAAAGGUCUUAUUAGACGCGGCGAGGGGCGUCGAAUACCUACACAACUACGCCGUGCCGCCGAUCAUCCACAGAGACAUCAAAUCGUCGAACAUCCUUCUGGAUGGGAACUGGGUGGCGAGGGUGUCGGACUUCGGGCUAUCGCUGAUGGGUCCGGAGUCGAACGGCGGUCACCUAUCGGCGAGGGCGGCGGGGACGGUGGGAUACAUGGACCCCGAGUACUACGGGCUCCACCAGUUGACGGUGAAGAGCGACGUCUACGGGCUUGGGGUGGUGAUGCUGGAGGUGUUGACGGGGAAAAGAGCGAUCUUUAAGGAUGGGGAGGGUGGGGAUCCGAGGAGCGUGGUGGACUACGCGGGGCCGAGGAUCGCAGCCGGGGAGUUGGCGCGGGUGCUGGAUUCACGGGUGUCGCCGCCGGGGGCGAACGAGACGGAGGCGGUGGAGCUGGUGGCGUACACCGCGGUGCACUGCGUGAGCCUCGAGGCGAAGGAUCGGCCCUUCAUGGCCGACGUCGUCGCCAACCUCGAGAGCGCCCUCGCGCUCUGCGAGGACAGCCAUGGCAGCAUCUCCAGCGCCAGCAUCUCCCUCGCCUCCGUCGAUUGAUUCAUUUUUUUUUUCCCCUUAAUUUUUCCUUCAUUCUUCCUCCAUUUUCCCCAAAUAUUUUGAUUUCGAUACCUUGCCGUUGAUGUUUGUAAAUCGAUUUCUUCUGAAAUCCGGCGAUUGAGCUGCCGGCUGCUGAAAUUUUCCCUUUGUUUCCCUUUUUUUCAAAAAUUGAAAAAUCAAUAUAGUUGAUGGUUUUAGG